ACCAAACACUCUUCUCUCCCUGUAAUCUCAGACUUCCUUCUUUGACUCUCUUAAACUCUCUGCAUAGAUCUUACCGUUACCGUCCACUGGCAAUGUCGGUUGCUGCCACUUCAUCGACGGUCGGAUCGUUCUGUCUCUCGAGGCCACGACCUUCAAGAUGCAUGGCUCGAGCAACGAUGGCCGUCCGAUCCAACGUUGCCUCUGUUUCUCCGAUCUUGACCAAGUUAAAGAAGGACUGUGCUACUCCCCUGCCGGUUCUGCGCCACGUGGCGGAAGCAAUGGCCAAAGACAUGCGAGCCGGGCUUGCCGUUGACGGUGGCAGCGAUCUCAAGAUGAUCCUCAGCUAUGUUGACAGUUUGCCUUCUGGCAAUGAGAAAGGGUUGUUCUAUGCUUUGGACCUUGGUGGAACAAACUUUAGGGUAUUGAGGGUGCAAUUGGGUGGGAAGGAAGAGCGAGUAAUUGAUGUCGAAUUCGAGCAAGUUUCAAUCCCUCAGGAGUUGAUGUUUGGUACAUCUGAGGAACUCUUUGAUUUUAUUGCUUCCGGGUUGGCAAAAUUUGCAGAAAAGGAGAGUGUAAAGUUUCACUUGCCACCCGGAAGACAAAGAGAGAUUGGGUUUACAUUUUCGUUCCCUGUGAAGCAGACUUCCAUCGAUUCAGGCAUAUUAAUCAAGUGGACAAAGGGUUUCUCAGUCUCCGGAACGGCAGGAAGAGAUGUGGUUGCAUGUCUGAAUGAAGCCAUGCAGAGGCAAGGAUUGGAUAUGCGAGUUUCUGCCUUAGUCAAUGAUACAGUGGGAACUUUAGCCGGUGCAAGAUACUGGGAUGAUGAUGUCAUGGUUGCCGUUAUUUUGGGUACUGGAACCAAUGCCUGCUAUGUAGAGCGAACUGAUUCCAUUCCAAAACUGCAGGGGAAAAUGAAGUAUUCCGGAAGAACGAUUAUUAAUACCGAGUGGGGAGCGUUCUCAAAUGGUCUGCCUCUAACCGAAUUUGAUAGAGAUAUGGAUGCUGCUAGUAUAAAUCCUGGUGAGCAGAUUUUUGAGAAGACAAUUUCAGGAAUGUAUCUUGGUGAAAUUGUACGACGGGUGCUGAUGAAGUUGGCCGAAGAAGGUGCUAUAUUCGGAAAAUCGAUCCCACAAAAACUAUACACACCUUUUACCCUUAGGACCCCAGAUAUUUGUGCAAUGCAGCAAGACAAAUCCGAUGAUCUUCAAACUGUCGGUUCCAUCCUUUACGAUGUAGCAGAGUUGGAGCCCAACUUAAACACAAGGAAGACUGUCGUGGAUGUUUGCGACACAAUCGUGAAGCGAGGAGGUCGAUUAGCAGGAGCAGGAAUCGUAGGAAUUCUUCAAAAGAUGGAGGAGGAUUCAAAAGGCAUCAUCUUCUCAAAGAGGACGGUUGUGGCCAUGGAUGGCGGUUUGUAUGAGCAUUACCCUCAAUACAGAAGAUACUUGCACGAGGCGGUCGUGGAGCUUCUGGGGAUGGAAAUAGCAAGGAAUGUAGUGAUAGAACAUUCCAAAGAUGGUUCUGGCAUUGGAGCUGCUCUCUUGGCUGCUUCAAACUCCAAAUAUGAUCAUGACUUUUAGGGAAGGUAGUAUUGCAACUCCAAAUAAGUGAUUUGAUGUUCCAAUUUGUGCAUAUAUUGUCUCUAUUUGAGACCCAAAAAUUGAAUGUCUUUGUGUUCUUAUCUACUAAAUGAUGUCAAAAUCAUGCUCUAGUAAGAGGAGAGAAAACCAUGAAGGUGGUAAUAUAAUUUGGCUUGUCUAAUUUUCCUA